AUGCACCAACCAUCACCCAAGAUGGGAUCAUUCCCUACAUUCAUACGUGAAUCGGAGCAAUCGCCAAGAGGAAUAGACUCGGCAUUCCCUCCAUUCAACCCUGUACACAAAUAUAGAGGCGUUUACGAAAGAGCAGGGUUCGAUGUUAAUAAGAAGGGAUAUAAACAAUCUCAAAAUGACGACAGAGGUUCAAACAGAUCAAUUUCAAACUCAAACCAUUGGGGACAUAAAAACCACUCAAACGACUCUUUUGGUAACAGGAGCAACGGUAGUGGUAGCUAUAAGACAGCAACAAAGGAAAGUCUUCCUCUUGUUGGUCAAGUACCUGACUCUGGGGUGAAAUCAGGCGAAUCAUCUUCGGAGUCAAGUAAAUCCAAUUCAAUGCAAUCGUACGGUCGGAACAAUAGCUCAGCAUCCACAAGCAACAGGACUUCUCCUGAACAUUAUCAAUUCCAUGAACAAUCACAGUCCAACACCUCCGUAUCAGCUGCAUAUCCUGAACAAGACCAACAAUAUAGAAGAAAGGAUUCCUACAAUUCCAAUGACAGUCGCGACCUGUCUGGAAGAACAGUGACGACAGCGAGAUACAAUGAGGAAGCAGAAUAUAACACCAACACCAACACCAACACCAUAAACCAUACAAGUCCAAACAAGCAACACAAGAAUGUGAAGAACUUGACACUAGACUUGAACAACAAUACUCACGAGCAAGAACCUGCUGGAGCACACUCAAACAAUUCGCAGCAAUUUGUAUCCCACCACCCAAGUUCAUCAAUGCAUUCAUUGCAUUCAAAGCAUUCAAAACAUUCUGUUGCAUCACAUCAUUCAGAUCAUUCUAAUGUAUCGCACCAUUCAGACCAUUCUGUUGCAUCACAGCAUUCAUCUAAUUCACAUCAAUCAAAUAGAUCAAAUGGCUACAACGGCCUUUCUCAUCAAGAGGUAAUUGAAGAGGUCUCCGAAUCUACUGAUUCAAAUAAUGAAAAUGGUCCAUCUCCAACUGCUACAACUAAUGAGGACAAGUAUGCUCAACACGGGUACCAAAUUCCAACACCAAGUUCAGCAAAUGGUCCAGUACCUCCACAAAUGUACCACCAUCAAGGUCCUCCACAACCAUUCGAUCCAAGAAAGACGAGAAAACGUCCACCAAUGAUGAUGAAUGGGCCACCUAGUGGACCGAUGAAUCCAUCAUAUCCAUCACAGUCAAACAGAAACAUUACUCCACCCUCAAAUCAAGCUGUCCCAUACCCAAUGAGUCCUAAUUUUUCACCCAAGCUACAACAGCAGCCAAUGAAUGGUAUGGCACCAAUGCCUGGUGCAGGAAAAGUUACAUCUCCAACUCAAUAUCAUCAUCAUCCUCAUUCUGGUCAACCAAUGUAUAAAGCGAAUUCACCAACGGCGAUGUACCAACCUGGUAUGCCCAGAUCAAUGAGUGGUAUGCCACACCCUAUGGCCCAGCCACAUAUACCUAAUCCAAGCUUGCCUAGAUCAAUGACGGGCAUCCCUCCUGGGCCACCUAGUUGGCAAAUGAAUAGCCAGCAACAUCCUCAAUCUCCUGGAUACCCACCACGUCUGCAAAGAAGACCUGCACCGCCUCCUAUGGUUAGUCCAACGCAACAGCAACAACCACAUUUUCAACCACAGCUUCCAAUUCAACCGCAACAAAUGGUACAGCAAUCACCAAUGAACUCACAUCAGACGGUACCACCAAAUCAACGCUAUCAAACUGGUAUUCCUAGACAACCAACUUACUCCCAGAUUAGAGAGGAUAAGUUGUCGCCUGCUUUGGAUGAGUUCAAGCAAGAUUUACAAACUCAUCAAUCCUCGGGACCAGCCAAUCCAGCUCAGUUGCAAAAUAUGUCUCCAGAUGUAAACUCAGCCAAGCUUGAAAAUUCUCUCAAUGUUCGUCUCAUGGCUGAUGACGAAGAGAAUGAUUUGCAUCAUCAAAAAGCACAGUCACCAGAGUAUCAACAAUUUUUGUCUACUGAACCAGUGAAUAAAUCUCAAGGAGACUAUAAUCGCGGGUCAAUGGUUAGCUCAAUAUUAUCAAAAGAGUCAAUCAGUGAAGAAGACAAACGCAUUGAACAAGAAUUGGAAACACACUUGCAAAACUUGAAGAAUGGCAGUGAAAAUGUUGAUCAACUUGAAGAAGACCCAACUUAUUCCUCACCUCAAAAGUCUGUAUCUGAACAAUCAACAAUGUCAGCACCACGUCCUCCCAUUCCCCAAUUCAGUGUACAAGAUGUCGAUGAAGAGAAGAAAACUCGAGAUAGCUCUGGCUCCAACAAUACUAAAGAUAGCAAUUGUGACGACAUGUCGAUUGCUUCAAUUGAAUCCAUUCAGCCCUUGUCGGUUUCGCAUUCACACGUUUCGCCAACUAGGAGGGACAUGAAGCAAGUAGAGGACAAUUUCUCGCAUCCAAAUGGUGUUCCUGAGAGAAAAGACUCGGCUGAGUUCACAAAAAUCAUUGCCGAGUUGGACCAAUUUGAAGAACAAAUGCCAAACACUACACUGCACCCAGAUGCAUCUCACACAAAACCUAAACCGGCUCAAUAUGAACCAGGUAUGGGGCCAUGUCGAUCAUGUAAUCAGCCAAUAGAUCCUUCAGCUAGAGGUUCACUCAAAUCGAUUUUUUCUAAAACUGGCGAAUUGUCGGGCCAAUGGCACCGUGGAUGUUUCAAAUGCUCAUAUCAAUCAUGCCCAACUCACUUUAAUAAGCAGGUCCAGUGUUAUGUAUUGGAUGAUGAGCCCUACUGCUUCCAACAUUAUCAUUUAUUAAAUUCAACAACUUGUAAAUCAUGUGGGGUUGGAAUUGAAGGUUCGUGUAUUGAAAAUGAUUUAGGCCAAAAGUGGCAUAUGCAUUGUUUGAAAUGCAGUUGUUGUCAGGGACAAAUUGAACAGGAUUAUUAUGUUGUUAACGAUCUGAUUAUGUGUGAGGCUGAUGCUAAGCAGUACUUGCACCGUGGUGGCGGCUCAGGUGAUGACAAGGUGGAAAAGAGAAGAACAAGAAUGUAUUAUGCUUAA